AUGGAUUUGCUGAGGGAACGAGCACAAGAUAUUCGUAAUUUAUAGAACAACCAAGUUCCAAUAAAGUAAAUAAGUAUGCUCAAAAAUUUGAUUCUCUGAGUAUAGGGAGAAGAUUAGACAAAUAAUCGAAACAGAUUCCAUGAACCAAUUAUAUUAGGCCAAGAAGCUUAAUUAAAAUGAUCUACUCCAAUUUCAAGAAGCCAUUAAAUUCAUACUUAAAAUAAUUGCAGUUAAUUUUGAAGUAUUUAAAAGUCAUAAUUUAUAAUUAGUUACUUAAUCUAGAACCAACUUUAGCUUCAACUACUAAAAAUGUUAUUGAACUUUACUUAUAUUAUGGUCUUCCUUCUAAAGUAGAUCAAUUAUAAAAUGAAUUAUUUAACCAAAGUAAACAAUCUAUAUUCUUAAUAUUGCUACAACAUUUAAUUGAUAUUACUAGAAUGGCAUUAGAAUUUACAAUUAAAAGACAAACAAAUCUUAGAAUCUUUUGUGUUGGAAAAGAAAUAGAUAAGAAAUAAUCUACAUCUAAUCCUCCUAAAAGGUUGAAUUUUAAAAGUGUUCAAAGAAGUGAAUCAAAUACAUAAGAAAAAGUAAUAUAAUCUAAAUAAUCUAUUUUUCAUUUUGAAACUUAAUCACCAAACGAAUCUCCAGCAAAAACUUAAAGAAUUUUAGAAGAAAUUUAAGCUACUUCUAGAGACAAUUCUGUUAUUAGAUGUUAUCAGAUUAGAUAAACAGAUAUAGUUUCUAAAACUCUUCUUCCAAGCAUUUAUUAACCAAAAUUUAAAUAAUAAUCUCUCUUUCGACAAUUAAAAUAAAGAAACUUAAGCAUUUAAAAUACUAUUUAAUCAUACAUUAAAUAAAUUAAUGAUAAAAAUAAUACUGAUUUAUGA